AGUGCGUAAAAUUCUUCGCUUCGCCUGUGAAAUUAUCUGCCACUAAGUAUUAGCACCGCUAGCCUGUCGGGCCUCCGAACUUGCAUUUUCCCUGUCCUGUUUCGUCGGACUAGACGUGAUUGUCGUGAUCGUCCUAUUAUUUAGGGAAGUAGCUCGAGAAGUAUUGAGCAGUCGUUCAUUUUCGCUGAUUAUUAGCAUUUGUUAAGUCCUUUCGGAGCCAUUCCUGGUCGUUUCUGAAAGCCCUGGUUAGAGCUACUUUUUUUUAAAAUCUCACACGCGUUAUUUCUAGCCCAGGUUGUCGUAGUUACGAAUGACUACGAGUAUAGCAGACAGCGAGUGCACUGGCCAGCAGAGCAACCGCGGCUCGCAUCACCAACACCAAGGUUUGCCGUCGUCAGCCAAUCCACGUCAGCAGCAACCGGUCGAAUCGCGACAUCAGGACGUCCCUACUGACGACUCCGACGUGGAAUAUGGCUCGCAACAGGAGCUGGAAUCGCAGCCGUUGGUCAGGAGGCAGAGUAGUGACAGGCUCUCUAAUGUCAGCAGCACCAGCAGAACCAGCGACAGUGCUAGCUACAGGGACGGAGGAGACAUAAACAUCAGUCAUGGGAAAGACGUGAGCAGCCAAGGGAAAGACGGAAGCUGUAGCUGUGGGAAAGACGUGAGCAGCCAAGGGAAAGACGGAAGCUGUAGCUGUGGGAAAGACCUGCCUUCCGAGCCUGCGGCCGUUCCCGAGCCUGAAAGCGUGUCGAUCGCAGAUCGCGAUGCGAAGGAGUGCCGUAUCUGCCAGGAGGAGGAUGACGUGGCGAAUCUUGACGUCCCGUGCGCGUGCUCGGGUAGUCUCAAGUAUGCGCAUCACGAUUGCAUCCAGAGGUGGUGUAACGAGAAGGGAAACACGCAGUGCGAGAUUUGCCAUCAUCCGUUCAGAGAGGGCUACACCGCGCCGCCGCCCCCGCCCUCUCCGCCAAUCACGCCGGGCCUCGUAGCGCUGCAGUUCCGCGACGGCGCGGGGCAGCUGAGCCACAUCGUCACGUUCCGCGACGCGGUCACCGGGGAGGAGCUGCGCUUCGGCCUCGAGGACCUCGCCGCGACGCCAGUCGCGCCGGAAAUCCCGGAGCCGGCCUCCGUCAGCUGCAUAAAGUCGCUUAUUAUUCUCGUUCUCGUGCUCAUUUUCGCCCGCCAUUUCUUCGCGCUUUUGCUCGAGGUUAACGGGGACGACGAUGACGUGGACGACGACUCGGCGGAAUUCACGAUGUUUCUGAUGCAGCUGCUGGGCAUUCUGCUGCCGUGCUUCAUCCUCGUGCGCGCGCUGGCCGCCAUCCACGAGAGAUACCGCCAGGAGUUUGCGGAAGCAGAGGCAGCUGAAGCCGCUUCCAGGCUCUCUCACCUCCUCCAAUCCCAUUUCAACACAUCAGCAGCACGCGCCAGAUCAGGCUCAUCACAAGCUGACGUGGCACUCACCCUUGACUUCCCUGCCUACUCCUCUGCCUCCUCUGCCUCCUCAUCCUCCUCUUCCUCUGCUGCAUCGUCUCCCGCCGCCUCCCCACCCGCCUCUCCCGCUGGGAGACGCCGUUUGUUUCCGGGGUUUAGGGGUGGAUUCUUUGGUACCCUGCUGCAGCAGCAGCAGCAGCAGCAGCAGCAGCCGGCGACGGUUGCGACGGCUUAGAGCCAAAUUGUGUAUAGCAAGAGCACAAGGAGCUUGUGCUGCUGCGGCAGCGACACCAGGGUAUGCUCGCACCAUCAAUAGCUGCUCUAAUAGCUGCUCUAGUGGCAGCAGUGGCUACAGCUGUUGCUACAGCUGUGGCUAAACAGCUGCUAUGGCUGUGGCUACAGCAGAUGGCUACAGUUGUGGCUACAUCAGUAGACGGUGCAGUAGCUUUUCCUGCCCCAUUUGUUUAUAUUGCUGUGUCCAGCUCUCAUUCUUGCUACUCUCAAGUGUCUGGCAUUUGCUUCCCUCCUGUUGCAGCAGAGGGGGACAGCAAUUUGUACUUAUUUGACGCUUUCAGUAAAUUUGUGUUGGAGUAAAACCAUUGAGGUAAU